AUCUGGGAGUGUGGGGAAGAGCAUUAAAGUAUGGGUAUAUGAGGAGGGUCUCUGGAGAACAGGGAGUGUUCUUAACAGGCUCAAAUCCAAGGUUCCUAACGGAGCCAUGAGCCUUGGAAGGGACUCUAAAGACCAUCUCACUGGCCUCAAGGGACAGUGAGGCCUGAGCCAGGAACGUCUUCUGGGGAAGGGAGGAGCUUGGCCAAGGGCAGAGUGGUUUCUGGACACACAGCUUCUGACUGCAGGCCAGGCCUGCUCCGAUCUCCCCUUAGAUCUCUGUUUGUCUGCCCACACUUGCCACAGCCUGAGUCCUCUGGAUCUUAAUCCUGGGCCAGUCCUGUAAUCCUCGGCUCCCAACUAAGGACCCCUGGACCUGGGUUCUGAUGUUGGCAAUUCCGCCAGUUUGCGUGUGAUUUGGCUGUUCUCUCCCCCGUGCUCCUCCAUAGAAUAUCCUCUAGCUUUAACUUUCUGCCGACGUUCCACAUCACCCUUGAAGGCCGACGGACCUUUCAAAAUGGGUUAUUCAAUUUUCCUUCUUCCUGCCCCACAAUCAACAUCCACAUCCACACAUACCACAGGCAGACCCCUGCUGGACCGCCUCUACUCCCAGCAGGGCCAGGUGUCUGGCUGGGCUUGGCAUUGCCCAUGCCAGGGGAUCAGUGGAAACAGAAUCAAGUGUGCGGAGACAGACGGCUGGAAGCUGGGAGCAAAAAGUACCCGUCAGAGAAGACCACAGCCUGGGCCAGAUACCCCCACAGGAUGGACUCGCUGCAGAAGCAGGACCUCCGGAGGCCCAAGAUCCACGGACCAGUCCGGGUGCCCUCCUACCAGCCACCCACGCUGGCCUCACUGCAGCGCUUGUUGUGGGUCCGUCGGGCUGCCAUGCUGAGCCACAUCAACGAAGUCUGGCCCAACCUCUUCCUGGGAGAUGCGUACGCAGCCCGGGACAAGAACAAGCUGACCCAGCUGGGCAUCACGCACAUCGUGAACGUCGCUGCAGGCCAGUUUCAGGUGGACACAGGUGCCAGGUUCUACCGCGGAAUGCCCUUGGAGUACUGUGGCAUCGAGGCUGAUGACAACCCCUUCUUUGACCUCAGUGUCUACUUUCUGCCUGUUGCUCGAUACAUCCGAAGUGCCCUCAGUGUUCCCCAAGGCCGCGUGCUGGUACACUGUGCCAUGGGGGUGAGCCGCUCUGCCACAGUCGUCCUGGCCUUCCUCAUGAUCUGCGAGAACAUGACGCUGGUGGAAGCCAUCCAGACAGUGCAGGCCCACCGCAAUAUCUGCCCCAAUUCAGGCUUCCUCCGGCAGCUCCAGGUUCUGGACCACCGACUGGGGCGGGAGACAGGGCGGCUUUGACCUGGUGGGCAACCAGGAACCCUGACCCUCCAGCUGGCAUGGUCCACCCAACCAACCUGGCCCUGGGGACCUUGUUUCCAGUGACCUUGAGAUGUAAAUAUCUAGUGGGGACUUAACUGAAGCAGAGAUAGGGAGAGCUGGCUGGUGACCUUUAGCAGGUGCAUUUCCCUGACUCAAUCCAAAGAUUCUUUAUGCAAAAGAGAGUUCAGUCUGUCUCUAUAAUAAAAGGUUCAUCAUAAUAAA